GCUCCGGCCGGAAACGGGCUCUUGUUUCCGGCCGGACGGCCGAGAGCCACCGAUCCUGAACCAGCCGCUGGAGUCGGAGUGGCGACCCGGUGUGGAGCCGGCGGAAAGCCACUGGGGAGAGGCCAGCCUCGGCCAGUCCCGGCUUGGCUCCGGCUCCAGUUCCUGUGGAGAGCAACAGUCGCGGUCGCAGUGUCCGCCUCCGCCUCCAUCGUCGUCGGGGGAGGGGCCGCUCGGACCCCGGGGUCACUGCCGAGGAAUGAGGAGAGGCGGCCGGGCCCCGCGCUCCGCCCCGGCCUAGAGCCUUGCCCUGAGAGUCGCGAGGUGCACCAGCCUGUGGAGAAAUCGCAAGACUAUGGCGGGGUUCUGCUCCAAAGCUUGUGGGUCAAGCCUGGAUUUUGAUCUAUGCUCUGCUCACACCCUGCUGCCUGAGAGUACCUGAUGAUCCCAUGACCCUGGACAUGGAUGCUGUCCUGUCGGAUUUUGUCCGUUCUACAGGUGCAGAGCCAGGGCUGGCCCGAGAUCUUCUGGAAGGAAAGAACUGGGAUGUGAGUGCUGCCCUCAGUGAUUUUGAACAGCUACGCCAAGUCCAUGCUGGGAACCUGUCCCCACCCUUUAGUGGAGGGAGUAGUUGUUGUAAGACCCCUGAAAAAGGGUGUUCUGAUAGAGAACCCACUCGCCCUUCUCGACCGAUCCUACAGAGACAGGAUGACAUCGUUCAAGAAAAACGCCUGUCUAGGGGCAUCUCCCACGCCAGUUCCAGCAUUGUUUCCCUGGCCCGGUCCCAUGUCUCCUCCAAUGGUGGGGGUGGGGGGAGCAGUGAGCACCCCCUGGAAAUGCCCAUCUGUGCCUUCCAGCUUCCAGAUCUCACUGUGUACAAAGAAGACUUCCGAAGCUUCAUAGAGAGGGACCUCAUUGAACAGUCCAUGCUGGUCGCCUUGGAACAGGCAGGGCGUUUGAAUUGGUGGGUCAGUGUGGACUCCACCUGUCAGAGGCUGCUUCCUUUAGCAACUACUGGAGAUGGGAACUGCCUCCUGCAUGCAGCCUCUCUUGGGAUGUGGGGUUUCCAUGAUAGAGACUUGGUGCUGAGGAAAGCUUUGUAUGCACUAAUGGAGAAGGGUAUCGAGAAGGAAGCAUUGAGAAGACGCUGGAGGUGGCAGCAAACACAGCAGAAUAAAGAGUCGGGACUGGUGUAUACUGAAGAUGAAUGGCAGAAGGAAUGGAAUGAGCUGAUCAAGCUUGCCUCAAGUGAACCCAGAAUGCAUCUAGGUACCAAUGGAACCAGUGGUGGUGGAGUGGAGAGUUCAGAGGAGCCAGUAUAUGAGAGCCUAGAGGAAUUCCAUGUCUUUGUUCUUGCUCAUGUGCUCAAGAGGCCUAUAGUGGUCGUGGCAGACACCAUGCUGAGGGACUCCGGCGGGGAAGCAUUUGCCCCUAUUCCAUUUGGAGGGAUCUAUCUCCCCUUGGAGGUCCCAGCCAGCCAGUGUCACCGAUCUCCUCUAGUGCUCGCCUAUGACCAGGCCCACUUUUCUGCGCUUGUGUCGAUGGAGCAGAAGGACAGUGCCAAGGAACAAGCUGUGAUCCCGCUCACAGAUUCAGAGCAUAAGCUGCUGCCCCUGCACUUUGCUGUGGACCCAGGAAAAGGCUGGGAGUGGGGCAAAGAUGACAAUGACAAUGUCCGAUUGGCCAGUAUCAUUCUGUCCCUGGAGGUCAAACUACAUCUGUUGCAUAGCUAUAUGAAUGUGAAGUGGAUCCCACUGUCAUCUGAUGCACAGGCUCCUCUGGCCCAGCCAGAGUCCCCCACAGCCUCAGCUGGAGACGAGCCCAGGUCCACUCCUGAGUCUGGAGAAUCAGACAAGGAGUCAGUUGGCAGCAGUUCUACCGGCAAUGAGGGCAGCAGACGGAAGGAGAAGUCGAAGCGAGACCGGGAGAAGGACAAAAAGAGAGCAGAUUCUGUGGCUAACAAACUGGGCAGCUUUGGCAAGACCUUGGGCAGCAAGCUUAAGAAGAACAUGGGGGGCCUGAUGCAUAGCAAGGGCCCCAAGCCUGGAGGACUGGGGAGUGGGUCUGGAAUAAGCAGUGGUACCGAGACACUAGAGAAGAAGAAGAAGAACAACUCAUUGAAGAGCUGGAAGGGUGGCAAGGAGGAUGCAGCUGGGGAUGGGCCUGUGUCAGAGAAACCCUCAUCUGAGUCUGCUGGCAAUGGAGGGAGCAAGUAUAGCCAGGAAGUGAUGCAAAGCUUGAGCAUUAUGAGGAUUGCAAUGCAAGGAGAGGGCAAAUUUAUUUUUGUUGGAACCCUGAAGAUGGGCCACCGGCACCAAUAUCAGGAGGAGAUGAUCCAGCGCUACCUUGCAGAUGCUGAGGAGAGAUUCCUGGCAGAACAGAAGCAGAAGGAAGCUGAGAGGAAGAUCAUGAAUGGAGGGUUAGUUAGUGGGCCUCCUCCAGCCAAAAAGCCAGAGCCAGAUGGUGGGGAGGUCCCGCCCAGUGACCCCCCAGCAGAGUCGAAGGCACUGGCAUUCUCUGCUGGUUACCCUGGGGGCUUUACUAUCCCGCGACCUUCUGGGGGUGGAGUCCACUGCCAGGAGCCCCGCCGGCAAUUGGCAGGGGGCCCAUGUGUAGGUGGCCUUCCACCAUAUGCCACCUUUCCCAGACAGUACCCUCCUGGGCGACCCUACCCCCACCAGGACAACAUCCCAUCUCUGGAGCCAGGCAAAGAUGGAGUUCACAGGGGUGCCUUGUUACCACCCCAGUUCCGUGUGGCUGAUUCCUAUAGCAAUGGCUACAGAGAGCCCCCUGAGCCAGAUGGAUGGGCUGGAGGUCCCCGGGGCAUUCCCCCAACCCAGACCAAAUGCAAACAACCGAACUGCAGCUUCUAUGGACACCCUGAGACAAACAACUUCUGCUCUUGCUGUUACAGGGAAGAACUGAGGAGGGGGGAACUGCUGGCGCAUAGGUUCUGAAUGGGUGGGACCUGGCGGGAAGGGGCUAAACAAAGAAAAGUUAAGCUCAUCUCUGGCUCAUCAAGACCCGGCCCCUGUGUUGAUGGGGCAAGUGCAGAAGUGUUUGUGGGAGCUGGAGUGCUGGCAGGCUGGCGAGAGCAGGACAGGGCUAGUACUACCUCAAGGGCUGUACUACUCUUACGCAGUUUGGCUUGAGACUGCAAGACAGAAGGGGAAGACUAUCUCAUAACCUCUUGCCCUAUCCCAGGGCCCAAGGGAAAGUGGGGAAAUAAUUGGUGUGGGUGGGUGGACAUCUUGGGGGAGGAACCUGGAAAGAAGGUUUUCAGUCAGUUAAGGAAAAAUAGACCAAAGUUCAUUGACUUUAGAAAAAAAGCACAUGGUGAUGGAGUUGGGAGCAUAGGGCGAACCUGAGAACAAGUUUGAUCCUGGUCUGAAUUAGGUAGAUGUCAGGCAUGUGUGCUUGGCCUACUUAGAAAGGGUAUUUAAAUCCCAGUGAGUGGAAAUAGGAACCUUCAAGGGGGAUUCUUUGCCUCGUAAGUGUUAUGUUCUUCUAGAUAGUCAUCUGUCAUCUGUUCUAGUUUUAGGGGAGAUUGUCUAUUGCCCCCAUCUUUUCCUCAUCCAUUUUGAGGACUAAGCUCAGCUAAGUUAAGAAGUUGUGAUUUAAAAAAAAAAGUUUUUAUUUUAAAAGCAAGUCCCUUUGGGGGAGAGGAGGGUGGUAAGAGCAGCCUUGUGUGUGGGCUUCUCUUCAGGUGGGUGGGUACAGAGGAAUCUAUUUUUAACUACUUAGCAAUAACUAUAUGUGGGGUUUGAGUGCACUGAGGAAGGCGGAGGAAGGCCAGACGCUCGGCCAGACUGUUUGAAACAAUACCAAAACCCUAUACAGAGUUCUUGUCCUCUGCGGCUGCCUUUCUAGAAAAAGCAGCUUAGUGUACUAAUUUUUUAAAGAAAAAGAAAUAAGAUCCUGACAAAAAAAUUAAAAAUUACUUACCCCCAUCCCCAUUUAAGUGAUUUUUUUUUCUCCUUCCUGUCUAUUGCUGGAGAAUGAACUUAACAUCCUGGCUUCUUUUGUUAAGCCAUAGCUGACCUUAAUCUAUGGUUAGUUUAUUAAAAUAAUAAAAAUACUUUGUAAGAAGAAUAUUUUUGAUAUUAGGACUGGUAUUGAAGUGUGGGAAGGGGCCUUUUAUAAAGGUAGCUAGAGAAAUAUAUUUUAGUGAACCGUAGCCACAGGCCCAGAUUAGCCCAGUGAGCGGAUCUGCCUUUGGAUUUCUCCCUUUUCCUGAGCCAACCCUGUUCUCCAGAGGGGUGGAGUGGCCCCAGUGGUGAGAGCGCCCUUGCAGUUUGCACAAAGCACAAGUCUGGACAGCUUAUGCUCUGACCAGAGCCAUUUCUAAGAGCUUUAAACCAGAAGACUAUCUUUCACCAAUUGUCCUUUUUCCUUAUAUUUUUUUUUCUGGGGGAAAAAUCAUCUAUGCAAUUAUGUACACUUGUGGCUGCAUAUGAAGAAGAGGUGUGCCUGGAGUGUUAACUGGACUGUGUUCUGGGCUUUGAUUUCUUUGCUGAGUGAGGGAUGUCAUCACCCACUAAUGGAAUGUAAUUCUCACAUUUGAUCUAAGUCACAAAUGGCUGUGUGUGUCUGUGUGUGUGUGUGUGUGUGUGUGUGUGUGUGCAUGCACGCUUGAAGAACCCUUGUCUACAUGUUUCUUCUGCCUAGUUAGGAAAAUGGUCACACACCUCGCCUUGAUAAUGAAGCUAGUCAAAAAUUUCUCAGUGAAAUUUAGUUUUUCCCCUCCAAAAAUUUGAAAGUCACUCACUUCCAUAUCUACCAUAUCUGUUGAUUUAAUAAUUUCCUAUCAUUAUUUUUAGGCAAUUUUUUGUUUGUUUCUUUGAUAUUUAGUACUGGCUGGCCAGCCUGGUACUUGCUAUAUAGACCAGGCUAGCCUUCAACGCAUAGCCACCCUCCUGCCUCAGUCUUCUGAAUUGUGGGAUCUAGGCAUGAGCCACCACACCCAGGUUUCUUUAAGCUGGAACCUAAUAUGGGACAAGCAUUUCUGACUGGUGUAUAAUUUAAAGGUCUAUUCAGAAAUUGAGGUUUUUUUUGUUUUUUGAUAGGGUCCUACUCUGUAGCCUAGGCUGGCCUCAAAUGUAUGACCCUCUUGCUUCAGCUUCCCAAGUGCUGGGGUCACACCGUCAAGUAUAGAAACAUAAUAUAAAACCCAGAUUGGCCAAAACAUCAAAAUCUUGGAAUAUAACAGGAAUUGGUGUUAAGGUAAAGAAGUGAGCCCUGAACUGAACAACUAUGAGGACAAAUCCUAUUUAAAUUUUGAUACGUUCAUAAAGUUUGUUCUUUUUAAACAUUUUUUGAUUUUUUAAAAAAUAUUGUAUCAAGAUAGUAUUUAUCUUGAUUCCUGGGUUUUAAGCACUCCUUCAGUUUUUCUCCCAAGGUGAAUGAAUGCCUGUGCCUUGUUCUCAUCCCUUUAGACUUGUCGCGGUUCCUGGAGUUUGAAUGACACUGGUGAGCCUCUCCCUUCUGACACUACAGACACCAUGGUGUGCACUGCUCAGUCAUUCUCCCGUACCCUGCAUAGAUGCCUGCCUAAGUGGAUAGGAACAGAGACCUGGCAGGGGUUUUCCUAUCAAGUAAAACAGGGGAGUUGCUCUCCCUGGACUGCUGUGUUUGGACUUGAUCUGUUAUUAGAUUGUAUUUACCACUCUUGUUUUUAAAAACUGAGGACAAAUGAAGAGAAACAGAAACCUUG